AAGAGUGACAACCUACCCUCAUGGAUGGCAUACACUGGAUAUGUUGUGCUUAGCAUGAUCUCAUCAAUCAACAUACCCCUGAUGUUCCGUCAGAUCAAGUGGUACUAUGUGAUAGUAGCAUAUCUCCUUGCACCUGUGCUCGGGUUCUCCAAUUCGUACGGAGCAGGUCUCACUGACAUCAACAUGGCCUACAACUACGGCAAGAUCGCCCUCUUCAGCUUCGCAGCCUGGGCUGGCAAGAAAAAUGGUGUAAUUGCUGGCCUGGUUGGUGGUACGCUGGUGAAGCAGUUGGUCCUCAUGUCUGCCGAAUUGAUGCAUGACUUGAAGACGAGUUAUCUCACGUCGACAUCCCCAAGAUCCAUGCUUGUCGCACAGGCUAUCGGGGCGGGCAUGGGCUGCAUCGUUUCACCCCUCACCUUCAUGCUCUUCUACAAGGCAUUUGAUGUUGGUAACCCAGAUGGCUAUUGGAAUGCGCCGUAUGCACUCAUAUACCGUAGUAUGGCGAUUCUCGGUGUGGAAGGCUUCUCAGCUUUGCCAAAGCACUACCUAUCAAUCUCGGCUGGAAUUUUUGCAUUUGCGAUGCUUCUGAGUAUUGCAAGGGAUACCCUACCACGCAGGUACGGCAAGUAUGUUCCACUACCGAUGGCAAUGUCGGUGCCUUUCCUUGUAGGUGGGAGCUUUGCCAUUGACAUGUGCAUCGGGAGUUUGGUGGUAUUUGUGUGGGAGAAGAUGAACAAGAAGGAGGCUGCCAUCCAAGUGCCUGCUGUUGCAUCCGGCUUGAUAUGUGGGGAUGGCAUAUGGGUAUUCCCAUCUUCCUUACUUGCUCUUGCCAAGAUUAACCCUCUCCAAUCUGCAUGA